AUGGACUACAUCACACAGCCUACGCAACAGGCUACUCAGGCCACUCAGAAAUACAUUAUAGAAAAGUUCUCGCAAGAACAGAUCGAUGAUGAUAUCGUGUGCCGGAUGAUUUGUACCAAUGGCAACAUACCUAUUCGAGAUCUCAAAGCCGAACUUCGUGAAGUUAUUCGUAAGCGCGAAGGAAUAAAAAAAACCUGGGUGUUUGGCCGGAACCCUCAAAGCGACUACCAUCUGGGAAAUACAUCUCGGUUUUCCAACAGGCAUUUCCAGAUCCUCCUAGGUGAAGACGGCAACCUUUUACUCAAAGACACAUCCACUAACGGAACUUGGCUGAAUGGUGAACGUAUGGAGAAAACAAGAAACCAUCUUUUAUCGCAAGGAGACGAAAUAACGGUCGGGAGAGGAGUUCCGGAGGACGUGAUAAGUUUGGUGAUUUUCAUAAAUGAGAAGUUCAAGCAUCGACUAGAGCUGGCUAAAGUUCAGGGUCUCAAACCUAUUAAGGGCAAGAAUUCCAAGCAGGCAUCUCCCAAUGCUCAUUUAACAGGUAUUCACAAGGACUAUUCUAUAAAAGAUGAGGUGGUAGGACAGGGAGCUUUCGCAACGGUAAAAAAGGCAAUAGAGAGAAGAACUGGUAAAACAUACGCUGUAAAGAUAAUCAACAAGCGUAAGGUAGUGGGAAAUAUGGAUGGCGUUACUCGAGAAUUAGAGAUACUGCGACGACUGCAUCAUCCACGAAUAGUGCGUUUACAAGGAUUUUAUGAAGACAAAGACAAUUAUUAUCUGGUAAUGGAGUUUGUAUCUGGAGGUGAUCUUAUGGACUUUGUAGCCGCUCACGGGGCUGUUGGAGAAGAUGCGGGGCGUGAAAUCACACGGCAAAUCCUUGAAGCUGUUAAAUAUAUUCAUGCGAUGGGCAUCAGUCACCGGGAUCUAAAACCAGACAAUAUACUUAUAGAACAGGAUGAUCCUGUGCUGGUUAAAAUCACAGAUUUCGGACUAGCCAAGAUUCAAGGCAAUGGAACUUUUAUGAAAACCUUUUGUGGGACACUAGCAUACGUUGCGCCUGAAGUGAUCAGCGGUACAAACUCUGAUGAGAAAGAGGGCAAUAAAUACUCAUCCAUGGUGGAUAUGUGGUCAAUUGGGUGUCUCGUGUACGUGAUCUUAACGGGACAUUUGCCUUUCAGUGGUAGUACCCAAAAUGAGCUGUACAAACAGAUUAGCGCUGGAUCAUAUCACGAAGGCCCUUUGAAAGAUUACAAAAUCUCGGAUGAAGCCAGAGAUUUUUUGGAAUCGUUCCUACAGGUCAAUCCUAGCGAGCGAAUGACGGCCGAACAAGCGCUCAAACAUCCCUGGAUCAGAUCAACAGUAGCGUCGGAUCCGCUCGACUCUCAAAUCAGUCUUUCACAGUCAAUGUCCCAACAAAGGCCCAUUGAAAAUCUGAGUGACGCACAGCAACAAUUUUUGAACAUGAGAGCAUUGGAAGAAGAGAGAAGAGAACAGGAACAACACAAAGUCGCCGCCAGUCAAGCUCCAGAAUCAAUUACGAGCCAGGUUUUGAAACCGUCUCAAAAGCCAGUCUUCAAAGUUCCAGUGCGUGCACCAGUCCGAUUAACACAGCCGUGUAUUCCUGCGGAAAACUCAGAACCCGACAGUUUGAGGCAAGUACCAACGGCGAAUUUUGACAUCAAUUACUCCAUCCCUUCAAGCUACGAGGAACAAAUAUCAGAACAGAUUCCACAUGCCAAAGUGGAUCCAAGCCAAGUUGAAAGAAACGCGGAGCACGACGUGUGCAUCAACACCGAUGGUGUGUCACUCGCAGGCGGGAAAUUCAUGACACUGCGAUCUACGGCUCGCAGCGCUAUCAAAGGCGUUGUAGAGCUCAAACAAGGUGUUAACCCAUUUUUCAUAGGGAGAUCUCAGGAGUGCAAUUGCAAGAUAGACGACAAUCGGCUGUCACGAGUGCACUGUUUUAUUCUGAAGAAACGGCAUCCGAUUGGUGACAGCAUCUACGAAUCCCCAGCACAAGGUCUUGAAGACCUAUGGUAUUGUCACGCUGGGACGAACAUGAGCUACUUAAACGAUGUGCGGCUCACACAUGGCACCAAGGCUCUACUUCACGAAGGCGACGAGAUCAAGAUCAUAUCCGAUCGCAUCAACAAUUUCGUGAUAUCGUUUGUCGUGGAGAUUAACGACGCCACCGGAUUGUUCAACCAGGGUAGACUUCUAGCAGGCCAACAGCGUCUGGUUGAGCCCCAGACCGUUGAUGAACUCCAAUUAGCCGAUAAAAUGGGGUCAUUAGGGAGCAGCUUGGCGCCGCCCAAACGUGCCCAUUCUAUCGUAUCUGCCAGUCAGGACUCCGUCAAGAAGACGAAACGCGCCAAACUCGACAAUUCUGUCAAUUCUACACGUAACUAA